GCCAUUUUUGGUCGAGUGGCGGGACACCAUCCAACCAACAGCACGAUGGACAGCGUGGGCGGCAUCAAGGUCAAGCAGUGCGAGCAAGUGACUGACAAGGAGGCUGCUCGACUCCUAAAGAAGUUCCUGAGCUCGCACCACCGAGAACAUGCAGAUGAAUUUCAACAGCACGCGCUUACCGUGCAACAGGAAGUCGAGACCCAACUUCAGCUGAUCCUGUCGCAUCUCCAAACGACCAGCACCAGCUCCUAACACCCUCCCUCCUUCAUUUCAUGAAUACAUCUAUUUGAGAUCCACAAAUCGCC